AUCCCUUUGCCUUUCUAUGUAUUUUGAUUUUGGUCUCACUGUAGAUUCACAGCAUGGACAACAACACCAUCUUAUCAAAUAUCACAGUGAACAUCACUUUCGGGACAAGCAACUACUCCCAAUCUCACGACUCGUCUCUUGAUGCAACUGCUCCUGUAACCAGCGUUCCCGACACCGACAACCUCCCACCAUCUCCAGUAUCGCCUGGAGCUCCCUUCAACCCCAAUGCGCUGGCCCUUCAAACUUUUUACGAUAUCCAGCUUUCGAACACCAAUUCUGCCCUGUUCGGAGCAUUAACUGCGUUGGGCAUUGUCGUCUUAUAUUCCAGCUAUUAUACAUAUUACAGGCGUCGUAAGCCCAUCUACCUCCUCAAUGCCCUACAAGCCUCGUUGAUCUUUAUCAAAACGAUCAGCGCGACACUGUAUGCCGUGAUGGUUUCGGGACCGUUGAGCUGCAGUGCCCGAUCGCCAUUGGUCAACAUUCCAAUGGUCUUGGCGUGGGACUUGAUUUAUGGAAUUAUGUUGAUAAAGCUCUUGCUAUUUACGCAGUGGAAAAGGACAUGUCAGGUGGUGGUGAUUCUCGGGUCAGCGGCACAUUUUGCGGUUGUUCUGGCGGGAAUCAUUAUGAGAAAAUCCAGCGUAACGGCACUUGGACUUUGUGCGGACAAGUAUCCGGUUGUGUUUAAACAUCAAUAUGACAUAGAACUAUUUCUAGAGGUUUUCACAACAGGGAUGCUACUCCAAGGCAUCGCCAGUCGUCAACACGGAGUAUUCGAAGGUACCCAAGAGGUGUUCCGGCAGUUGGCUCAAAAUGAACAUGUACGAGUGUUCUUCUCUAUCAUCUUUGUUACUCUCAAAAUUAUCUUUGCGUAUGGGAACUUCAACAGCGUUACGGCCGUCACUCAUGCCAUCGAUUCUGCCCGCUCGGCGAUAAUUGCCUGGGCAGUGAUCAGAGAACAUCGUAGAGUUCGCAGCCGGACCAAAUCGCGCGGAAAUACCAGCGGAGCAGCCAAAACAAUCAAGAGUACAAAAACCGUCUCGAAAACAGGCGCGGGGGCCGACGGACGACCGAAUAUGGUCAAAGCCACUAAUAUGGUGACCAGCAUGCAGGAUGUGGAGAGUCUACCUAGUGCCGAGUACGAGCAAGAUGAAGACGAUGCGUACGUGAAUGCAUUUAUUGAACCACAAGGUGGAAAUGAUAAAGAUGCGUCCAGAGAGACUGUACGUGAACAAGUCGGGAGAGGUGCAGAUCAAGACAUGGUGUAAACAACUUUGCAGGACAAUUAAAAUUAGGUAGUCGGUAGUUGUCAGCAAUGCUAUUUAUUGUGAGCAUAGUGUAUUGGCAAUAAGAAAUGUCGGAUCAACUCGUA